GCACUGGAGAAGGGACGGCCGGCGAGACAGGAAUGGCGCCUGCGCACUGGAGAAGGAACGGCCGGCGGGGCAGGAAUGGCGUCUGCGCACUAGAGGAGGCGCGCAUGCUGUCGUUGAGAAUAGGAACGGGUGACUGGAGCGGUGCCGAACGCAAGGAUGGGCUUGUUUCGGAGCUACUGGUCCCAACGAGAAUCUUCACAGUGUUGCUGAUCGCGGGAGCGAGAGGGGCCCGGGCUGUGGGCCGCGCCGGGUACGGGACGAGGCUGAAAGCUGCCAGGCUGGCACACAGAGGACACAUGGCGCCGGCUUACGCGACGGGAGCGCGGGGAGUGGAAUUAAGGAACUGUGCUCAAGAUGAACUUAACAGAAUUCUGCAAAGGCGUAUCAUGGUGUUGGAUGGAGGGAUGGGUACCAUGAUUCAGCAGUGUAAACUUGACGAAGAUGAUUAUCGUGGUGAGGAAUUCAAAGAUCAUCCUAGGCCUUUAAAAGGGAAUAAUGACCUUCUCAGUAUAACACAAGCAGAUAUUAUCUGCAAAAUUCAUGAGGAGUAUUUGCUGGCUGGAGCAGACAUUGUGGAGACAAACACCUUCAGUAGUACGAGAGUUGCACAAGCUGACUAUGGAUUGGAGUAUUUGGUUUAUCGACUAAACAGAACUGCAGCAGAGCUGGCCAGGAAGGUGGCUGAUGACGUGGGAGCACAAACAGGUACCCGAAGAUUUGUGGCUGGGGCAAUAGGACCAACCAACAAAACAUUGUCAGUAUCACCAUCUGUGGAGAGACCAGACUACAGAAACAUAACAUUUGAUGAGUUAGUUGAAGCUUAUGAAGAACAGGCCAGAGGCUUACUUGAUGGUGGGGUUGACCUUCUCCUAGUGGAGACCAUCUUUGAUACAGCAAAUGCAAAGGCUGCCUUGUUUGCCAUACAACAGUUGUUUGCUGGGCAGUAUGAACCCAGGCAUAUUCUAAUUUCUGGAACAAUAGUGGAUAAGAGUGGGCGCACUCUUUCUGGUCAGACAGCAGAAGCAUUUGUCAUCAGUGUAUCCCAUGCAAAACCACUUUGCAUAGGAUUAAAUUGUGCUUUGGGAGCUGUGGAAAUGAGGCCAUUCAUAGAAGCAAUUGGAAAAUGCACAACUGCCUUUGUAUUAUGCUAUCCCAAUGCAGGGCUUCCCAAUUCAUUUGGAGGAUAUGAUGAAACACCUGAAAUCACAUCGAAGUACCUUAAGGAAUUUGCCACAGAUGGGCUGGUGAACAUUGUUGGAGGUUGUUGUGGAACAACUCCAGCUCACAUCCGGGCAAUAGCAGAAGCAGUACGGAAAUGUAGGCCGAGAAUUCCUCCUCCUUUUGUUUUUGAAGACUGCUUGUUGCUGUCUGGCCUUGAACCUUUCAGAAUCGGUCCAUACACCAACUUUGUCAACAUUGGAGAGCGCUGUAAUGUGGCAGGAUCUAGAAAGUUUGCUAAACUUAUAAUGGCAGGUAAUUAUGAGGAAGCCUUGAAUAUAGCAAAGAUCCAAGUCAAUAUGGGAGCUCAGAUCCUGGAUAUCAACAUGGAUGAUGGAAUGUUAGAUGGCAAGAGUGCUAUGGUCAGGUUUUGUAACCUUGUCUCAACAGAGCCAGAUGUUGCCAAGGUCCCAGUUUGUAUAGAUUCUUCUAAUUUCAGUGUGAUUGCAGCAGGUUUAAAGUGUUGUCAGGGCAAAUGCCUUGUUAAUAGUAUCAGUCUGAAGGACGGAGAAGACGACUUUCUGGAGAAAGCACGAAUAAUUAAACAAUUUGGAGCUGCUGUUGUGAUAAUGGCAUUUGAUGAAAAAGGGCAGGCUACUGAUGUUGAUUCCAAAGUGGCAAUAUGCACAAGAGCCUAUUACUUGCUUGUGAACAAAGUCCGAUUCAACCCCAGUGAUAUAGUAUUUGAUCCAAAUAUACUCACUAUUGGAACUGGGAUGGACGAGCAUCGUCUCUAUGCUGCAAACUUUAUCAGAGCUAUUUCAAUUAUAAAGGGAACGCUACCUGGAGUCAAAGUAAGUGGAGGUCUUUCGAAUUUGUCCUUCGCGUUUCGUGGAAUGGAGGCAAUCCGAGGAGCCAUGCACAGUGCGUUCCUUUACCACGCCAUCAAGGCAGGGAUGGAUAUGGGAAUUGUGAAUGCAGGGAAUCUGCCUGUUCAUGAUGAUAUAGACAAAGAACUUCUAGAGUUAUGUGAGAAUUUGAUCUGGAACAAGGACCCUGAUGCUACUGAGAAAUUGCUCCAUUAUGCACAGAAUCAUGCGGAAAGUGGAAAAGUCGUGGUAACCACUGAUGAAUGGAGGAAUGGUACUGUUGAGGAACGUCUUGAAUAUGCUCUUGUUAAGGGUAUAGAAAUGUAUGUAAUCGAAGAUACAGCAGAAGCAAGAGCCAAUCAGCACAAAUACCCCAGGCCCCUGCAUAUAAUCGAAGGACCUCUGAUGAAUGGCAUGAAAAUGGUGGGGGAAUUGUUUGGAGCAGGAAAGAUGUUUCUUCCACAGGUCAUUAAAUCUGCUCGCGUGAUGAAGAAAGCUGUCAAUUACCUCAUCCCUUUCAUGGAGCAGGAGAAAGAGAAAGUGUUGAUGGAGACGGGACACUCUGAAGAAGUUAGCCCGUACCAAGGGACCAUUGUGUUAGCCACUGUCAAGGGGGACGUUCAUGACAUUGGCAAGAAUAUUGUUAGCGUGGUGCUGGGCUGCAACAACUUCAGAGUAAUUGACUUGGGUGUUAUGACUCCAUGUGAUAAAAUACUCCAAACUGCUAUCGACAAUAAAGCAGACAUUAUUGGCCUGUCUGGUCUUAUCACACCAUCUUUGGAUGAAAUGAUACACGUUGCUAAAGAAAUGGAACGGAUAGGUUUGAAAAUGCCUUUGCUAAUAGGUGGAGCAACAACCUCAAAAACACACACAGCUGUCAAAAUUGCACCAAAGUACAAUGCACCAGCAAUUCAUGUUCUAGAUGCUUCUAGAAGUGUUGUUGUGUGCUCUCAACUUCUAGACGAUGACCUCAAAGAUGACUACUUUGAGGAAGUAACUGAAGAAUAUGAAGAGAUUCGACAUAAUUAUUAUGAGUAUUUAAUGGAGAGAAAAUACCUAACUUUAGAGCAAGCCAGGAAGCGAGCAUUUCACAUCGACUGGCUCUCCUGUCCUAAACCAGUAAAGCCAAUGUUCAUUGGCACCCAAUCCUUUAAUGAGUAUGACCUACGGAGACUGACAAGCUACAUUGAUUGGAAACCUUUCUUCGAUAUUUGGCAACUGAAAGGAAAGUACCCAAAUCGGGGAUUUCCUAAAAUCUUUAAUGACAAAACAGUGGGUGAAGAAGCCAAGAAGCUUUUUCAAGAUGCACAGAAUAUGAUGAACAAACUGAUUGAAGAGAAGAAGUUGAAGGCCAGAGGAAUUAUUGGGUUCUGGCCAGCUCAGAGUGUUGGGGAUGACAUAUACUUGUUUAAAGAGGAUAAUUUCCCUCGCAAAGGUGAACCUGUGGCAAAGUUUUAUGGUUUACGACAACAGGCAGAAAAAGAUUCCUUUAGUACAGAAAAGUACUGCUGUAUUUCCGACUUCAUUGCACCCAGGGACUCGGAUGUGCCAGAUUACAUCGGCAUGUUUGCGGUUGCAUGCUUUGGUGCUGAGUUGCUGAGCAAACAGUAUGAAAAGGAGGGCGAUGACUACUGCAGCAUAAUGGUGAAAGCUCUGGCCGACAGAUUGGCUGAAGCCUUUGCUGAAGAAAUGCAUGCAAGAGUCCGUAAGGAAUUCUGGGGCUAUUCUCCUGAGGAGAACCUCACUGUUGCAGAUUUGCAUCGAAUCAAGUACGUGGGAAUCCGCCCAGCUCCAGGGUACCCAAUCCAGCCCGAUCACACUGAAAAGAUAACAAUGUGGAAGCUGGCUGAGGUUGAGGAGAGCACAGGGAUUGCAAUGACUGAAUCCUUGGCCAUGACUCCUGCAGCUGCAGUCUCAGGGCUUUACUUUUCCAAUCCAGAGUCUACAUAUUUUGCGGUGGGAAAAAUUACAAAGGAUCAGGUCGAAGAUUAUGCCACCAGAAAGCAGAUGAAAGUAGAGGAUGUAGAGAAAUGGCUUGGACCUAUUUUGGGAUAUGAUACAGACUCAUGAUACCUUCUGAUGGUUUGUCUUGACUGAGCACAAUUUGCUAAGUUAAUCAUAAAGUCAGAGAAUGUUGCAGAUACUCAGCUGGCAAGAACUCAGCGUGGAGGGAAAUAAACAGUCAAUAUUUUGGGCCAAGUCUCUUCAGCAGGACUGGAAGGAAACAAGGCAGAACCCAGAAUAGGAAAGUGGAGGAAGGGGAGGAGCACAAGGUGGCUGGUGGUAGGUGAGACAAAGUGACGGGGAAGGUGGACGCAGUGGGGGGUGG